GCAGAGCCAAAGCCGGGAGCCCAAGCGGCCGCCGGAUCGCAGCCCGUGGGGCCAGCCGCAACCAUGGGCAACCGUGGCAUGGAGGAUCUAAUCCCGCUGGUCAACCGGCUGCAGGAUGCCUUCUCCGCCAUCGGCCAGAACGCGGACCUCGACCUGCCGCAGAUCGCUGUGGUGGGCGGCCAGAGCGCCGGCAAGAGCUCGGUGCUCGAGAAUUUCGUAGGCAGGGACUUCCUGCCCCGAGGAUCUGGCAUUGUCACCCGACGCCCCCUGGUCCUGCAGCUGGUCAAUGCUACCACAGAAUAUGCCGAGUUCCUGCACUGCAAGGGGAAGAAAUUCACCGACUUCGAGGAGGUGCGCCUGGAGAUUGAGGCUGAGACCGACCGGGUGACUGGCACUAACAAGGGCAUCUCUCCGGUGCCCAUCAACCUCCGCGUCUACUCGCCGCACGUGCUGAACCUGACCUUAGUGGACCUGCCCGGAAUGACCAAGGUCCCAGUGGGGGACCAACCUCCCGACAUCGAGUUCCAGAUCCGGGACAUGCUUAUGCAGUUCGUCACCAAGGAGAAUUGCCUCAUCUUGGCCGUGUCCCCAGCCAACUCCGACCUGGCCAACUCUGAUGCCCUCAAGGUCGCCAAGGAGGUGGACCCCCAGGGUCAGCGCACCAUCGGGGUCAUCACUAAGCUGGACCUGAUGGACGAGGGCACAGAUGCCCGUGAUGUUCUGGAGAACAAGCUGCUCCCGCUGCGCAGAGGCUACAUUGGAGUGGUGAACCGGAGCCAGAAGGACAUCGAUGGGAAGAAGGAUAUCACGGCUGCCUUGGCUGCUGAACGCAAGUUCUUCCUCUCCCACCCUUCCUACCGCCACUUGGCUGACCGCAUGGGCACGCCCUACCUGCAGAAGGUCCUUAACCAGCAACUGACAAACCACAUCCGGGACACGCUGCCAGGGCUGCGGAACAAGCUUCAGAGCCAGCUGCUGUCCAUUGAGAAGGAGGUGGAGGAGUACAAGAACUUCCGCCCUGAUGACCCAGCGCGCAAGACCAAGGCUCUGCUGCAGAUGGUCCAGCAAUUUGCUGUAGACUUUGAGAAGCGCAUUGAGGGCUCAGGGGACCAGAUCGAUACCUAUGAACUGUCGGGGGGAGCCCGCAUCAACCGGAUCUUCCAUGAGCGCUUCCCCUUUGAACUGGUCAAGAUGGAGUUUGACGAGAAGGAACUCCGAAGGGAGAUCAGCUAUGCCAUUAAGAAUAUACAUGGCAUUAGGACAGGCCUCUUCACACCUGACCUCGCCUUUGAAGCCACAGUGAAAAAGCAGGUGCAGAAGCUUAAAGAGCCCAGUAUCAAGUGUGUGGAUAUGGUAGUCAGUGAGCUCACAGCCACCAUCAGAAAGUGUAGCGAAAAGCUCCAGCAGUACCCCCGGCUGCGGGAGGAGAUGGAGCGCAUCGUGACCACCCACAUCCGGGAGCGCGAGGGCCGCACCAAGGAGCAGGUCAUGCUCCUCAUCGAUAUUGAACUGGCUUACAUGAAUACCAACCAUGAGGACUUCAUAGGCUUUGCCAAUGCUCAGCAGAGGAGCAACCAGAUGAACAAGAAGAAGGCUUCAGGGAACCAGGAUGAGAUUCUGGUCAUCCGGAAGGGCUGGCUGACCAUCAACAACAUCGGUAUCAUGAAGGGGGGCUCCAAGGAGUAUUGGUUUGUGCUGACCGCCGAGAAUCUGUCCUGGUACAAGGAUGACGAGGAGAAAGAGAAGAAAUACAUGCUGUCCGUGGACAACCUGAAGCUGCGGGACGUGGAGAAGGGCUUCAUGUCCAGCAAGCACAUCUUUGCCCUCUUCAACACGGAGCAGAGGAACGUCUACAAGGAUUAUCGGCAGCUGGAACUGGCCUGCGAGACACAGGAGGAGGUGGAUAGCUGGAAGGCCUCCUUCCUGAGAGCUGGCGUGUACCCCGAGCGUGUUGGGGACAAAGAGAAAGCCAGUGAGACAGAGGAGAAUGGCUCAGACAGCUUCAUGCACUCCAUGGACCCACAGCUGGAGCGGCAGGUGGAGACCAUCCGGAACUUGGUGGACUCAUACAUGGCCAUCGUCAACAAGACUGUCCGGGACCUCAUGCCUAAGACCAUCAUGCACCUCAUGAUCAACAAUACCAAGGAAUUCAUCUUCUCGGAGCUGCUGGCCAACCUGUACUCGUGCGGGGACCAGAACACACUGAUGGAGGAGUCGGCCGAGCAGGCGCAGCGGCGCGACGAGAUGCUGCGCAUGUACCACGCACUGAAAGAGGCGCUCAGCAUCAUCGGCGACAUCAACACGACCACUGUCAGCACGCCCAUGCCCCCGCCCGUGGACGACUCCUGGCUGCAGGUGCAGAGCGUACCGGCUGGACGCAGGUCACCCACGUCCAGCCCCACACCGCAGCGCCGAGCCCCCGCGGUGCCCCCAGCCCGGCCCGGGUCGCGGGGCCCUGCUCCUGGGCCUCCGCCUGCUGGGUCCGCCCUAGGGGGGGCGCCCCCCGUGCCCUCCAGGCCGGGGGCUUCCCCUGACCCCUUCGGUCCUCCCCCCCAGGUGCCCUCGCGCCCCAACCGCGCCCCGCCCGGGGUCCCCAGAAUCACUAUCAGUGACCCCUGAGGAGCGUCAGCCACGGUAGGUACAGGCCUCUCCACCUGCUGCAUGAACCGGUGUGUCUGCCCCCUGCCGCACCAGCUCCACACUGCAGGGCGAACCUGGGACCUCAGAGGCAGGCCCCCUCCCUCUCCCUUCUGUAGCUCCAGACUUAUUCUUUCCUCUUUCUGUCCUCGCUGCCAGCUGGCUCUCUCACCUCCCUUCUCAGCGAGCCUCGGGACUCAGUGCCACUGCCCAAGACCUCCAUGGCUGAGCCUGGGGAGGUCUUGGGACAGGCUCCGCACCCAAGCAGGCAAAGCUGGGUGCUCUCUGGAGGCGUCAGAAAGAGCGCAGAGCUCAUGGUUCGUGGUGUUAGGGGCAGGGAGCUUGGCUGGACUCAGGCACCCAGAGGCCUUGGCGUCUCACCCUGGGGUGCCACACUCACUCCCCGAUCUGAGCCCUGCCGCGGGGGCAGGGCAGCCAGCUCCCAGCCUGGGAGCUCUGGAAACCGAAUCCACGAUAGGGCAGAGGAAGUCAAAGUCCCACCUCCUUUAUCGAGCCAGCAAGCGAGCAGCAGCUGGGGGUGAAGGCUCUGGUUAUUUGAUGAUUUGGGAAAGCCUGAGUGUCCCCCCCACCAUCAGCCCAGAGCACAGCUCACAGGCCAGGCAGGUCACACCGCCCCUUCCCCUGCCUCCGCGGUACUGUCACUCCUGCUGGUGCAGGACUGAAGGCAGCGUCCUCAGCCCCAGGUGGAGCACCGUAGCCGGCCCGCAGGCUCAUCCACCUGGGCCUGUUGCUCCUAGGGGUGACCUCCACUUUUCCGCUAAGGGGAUGACGGUGUCUGCGGACCUGGGCAAGCCAGCUUCUCUGAGUUCCGCCCCAGCUGGGCCCCAAACUCACCCAGCGAGCCUGCCUGCCACUCCGCACCUGCGCUGACUCUUGCUCUUCUGCUUUUCCCCAGCAGGAAGGGCCCAGCCUCACCUACGCGACCUGCGGCCCCCCGACCAGCUGAGGCUCCCCUCUUAGACUUAUAAGCCUGUGGCCACUGGCAUCCGGCCGCCUGCCCUCCCUGCCUCCCCAGGGUCCCUAUAGAGGACUCGUGGGCUUUCUGCCCACCCAGAGGGGCCUCUAGCGCUCCCUCCAGCCAUUCUGUUAGCUUUGCCCUCCUGGUUCAAACAGUGUUCUUUCUCGUGUGUUCCUCCAUCAGGCCUGGUGGCUGUCGCGUGGGGCUCACGGCCCCAUACUCCCUGAGGCUAGGGAUGGCCCUGCGCCAGUGGGUUGAAAGACAGGGGGCCAGAGAAGAGGGAAGCCAGAGGGGGCCGAGCACGUGUCUGGAGCUGUGGGUGCACUGCCUGGUGGUGUGUGAGAGUCUAGCGUGUGUGGAGGGGUGGGCGCUGCCCCAGCCUUUACCCCAGACCCCCGUGAGGCUCUGGCCCCUGCCCAUCUCCUGCCCUUCUACCUUCCCUUUCUCGUCUCUCUUCUCUAUUCCAGAAUCCUUGCCCACACCUGGGUCUUCUGCCCCUCCCCUCCUCUCCCCUGACUGCCGGGCUAGGCUGCCCUUGCCUUACCAGCUCUCUCCCCCUUUUCUCUCUCCCGUUCUCUCUUUGCUUUCUCUCCAACUGCCAGCCGAUCGGGUCAGGCAAGUCCAUCCCGACCUGAGAGCCCCAGGCCCCCCUUCGACCUCUAACCAGAUCCCUCCUAUUCCUCGGAGACCUCCCUUUCCAAGCCUGCCUGGACGGCUGUUCUGUGACUUGACAGUGGCUACCCGGCCCCAGAGCUUCCCCUUCAUCUGUGACUUAGUCUGUUGUAGUGGUGAGCUGACACA